CACUUAGCGAGCUGGCCAGAAUCCGUAUUAUACAGGUUUAGCUAGAUCUAGCUAUGCCGGAUGAACUAGUUUAGCGGGUUGCUCUACCAUAGACAAUAAAGCGAAGGAACCCAAUCCCGUUGUUCCGAUAUUGUUAUGGCCGUCUAGGGAGUAGUGAGGGUCCGUCGUCAAUUUGCAACCAGUUGUCCCGUCCUCUGGACACUGAGACUGUCUAAGAAUGUGCGUGUGCAUAAGAAGAAAAAAGACUGUAGGAGACUUUCCUUGCCACAACUGGCUAAUCAUUUAUGGAUUAUUGUUAGGUCUCAAUUACACUGUUUUCAUCAUGUUUACUCCAUCAAUAUACCAGUUUGUAACUGCAGCUAAGGAUUCUUCGGAAGAAUCAGAGAAAAAUGGCUCAAAUACACUCUGGCCAGGAUUGAAUGGGACUGAACGAGACUACGCUUUAGUAUCAGUGUCGUUCGCAUUGUUUGAAACUGUUCUUUUUCCCUUACCAAUGCUGAUGAUGGAUUCACUUCCAUUCACUCUUCUUAUGCUACUAACAUUUUCCCUGUUCACUGUUGCUGGGGUGGUGUACGGAUGUGCCACUCAUAUAUGGAUGGUCUUUGUUGCACGUGGUCUAAUGGGUGCUGCGGCUCUUUUUGCAUCUUCAAUUAUUUAUACCUAUACUGGAGAAAUUGGUUCUAUUAUGGAUAUGGAGCGACUAAAGAUGGGAAAAAAGCCAAUGAAGGGCACCUUGUACUUGGCAAUCACAUUCACCACUCAUGGAUACCACAUCGUUUUACUUGGCAUAAAUGCAGGUCUGGUUAGGAUUCCUUCAGUAAACCCAUAUCGUCUGCCCGGAUGGUUUCUGGCUGCUCUCGGUGUGACUGCUGCAAUCAUAGUGGUUCUGUUCUUCUCAGAGACAAGGCCCUGGGCUUGUAGGUUCAAGUCAAGAUGUGACAUGAAAAGUGGUUGGAGUGAUUUCCAGAAAAUGAGGUCCAAGUCAAAGAGCUAUCUAAUAGGUGUUGCAUUUGUGUUUGCGAAUGCAUAUGUCACAGGACAGGCAUUUGCUCUGCUAUAUACACUUGUGUCACCCAUUCUGAGCGACCAGUUUGGCUUUACUGUAGAUAAUACAGCUCUGUUCUUCACUGCACUAGCAGUUGGUGGGUUAGCCUCACCUUUUGUUCAGUUUUGUUCACAAGCACUGAAAUGCAAUAAUAGAGUAAUGAUGGCAUUUGCUCUGGUGACUAUUGUCAUUGGAAAUACACUGAUUAGUGACUGGCAGGUAUUAUAUUACAAGGAAAACCCUUGUUACCUACCAUCACCUGGUGAUAAUGGAACUACUGAUGUGGUGGAUGGUAAUAACAUAACUUCUUCAUUUGAGAAUAUCAAUGAUCACAUCAAUAGCACAUUUGAGUGGAAUAUUGACAACUGCGAAGGUAAGAGUACUUCCAAUCACGAAUGUUUCUGGAACCCUUCGUCUCGGGUUACUGGAGAUCAUUGUCACACUUGCCAUAAUGCUUGCCUCAGCAAACAAGCAUUUCUCAAUUUCUAUCAGUUCAAUAUUGGGGUGCUGUUUCUGUCUGUUGGAGCAACUCUUGCUUAUGUAUUCAACUUUGCACUCUUGUCUGACAUAGUUCCUGCUGAGAAUCAGGGAAGUAUAACAGUACUCACUAUUACCAGCGGGGCAUUGUCAAGAGCUGUAACACCCCUCUGGUAUGUUGAAAGCUAUGAACAGACUGGAAAGCACACCUUCCUCCCCCUAUCAAUAACUAAUGCAACGAUUCUGUUAGUGCUUGUUGCACUGGCUGUCCUCUACAAAGAUCUCGCUCCAAGGUGUAGUACUGAGGCCAAAGCUGCAACCAAUGCUACUGCCUUAGAGUGUUCAAUAGUGAAUGGUCAAUGAGUAUAAUGAAAAGCACUGAAGUGCAAACCCUCGGCGCAUUGUGACGCGCACGCGUA